UUCAAGUAUAUGCACAAUAUCAUAUAAUAGAUUAUAUGUAUAUAUAUGCAGACCUCGCAGUGGUCCUUCUUUCCUUCUUUUUUCCUACUUUUUUCAGCUCAUCCUUCUUUGUCCUUCUUUUCUUUGUAAAUCCUUCUUUUCCUCCUUUUCUUACUUUUCACAUGAAUAUGUUUUGGGAGAUUUCGGAGAACAUAUAAGCAAUGCUGGUGUUAGAUAAAAAGCUCUCGGAGCUCCAGGAAAUGUUUAACUUAUCAAAGGUCCAAUAAAAAGCUAUCUACGAUUGUGUCAAACUAUGCAUGUACGACUUCAGUUUACGUGACACAAACAUGCAGGACUUGAAAUAUCUAAAAUAGCUCUUCACUGAAAUUCUCUCACUGCUCAAGGUUGGAGACAUAUACUCAGUUACCAACCAUAAUGGAUGCUGCGCUGCAUUAGAACUUGUUUUAUAGUUAGUUACGUGAAUAGUCAUUCUCUGAUAUUGAUGUUCGGCCCAGAAUUUUACUCAGUAGAAUGUAACAAAAGCACAAUUUUUGCUAGUAUUGUCAUUGAUAAACAAGGGAGAAAGACAAUCAACAUUUGUUAGUAAGUAAGAUGGCGCUUAUGGACGAAAAUAGAGUGUUAUGUGUAAAUGUUUUUCAAUUCAAUCCCCAGUUAAUUGUCAGUCUUCCACGCAACUAAAAUUGAUCAAUCAAUGCCAGACAUGAUCUAAGACCUCUCCGUUUGAAAUGUAGCUCUCUUUAUGCUUUUUCAGUUUAUGAUCGAGUUGGGAUUUCAAGGACAUUUUUUUAUUUUUCUUUUCGAAAAGCUGAUGAGUUAUAAUUGAACUUUACAUCGAUAUGAGCACUGGAGAAGUAUUCCAAGUUGUGUACAGACACAUCGAUCAACAAAUGAGACAUUUGUCCAGUUAACUUAAAUCGUUGCAGAACAUAAAAAACAAUCUUGAAACACCGUUUAGAGCAAGAACAUUGAGAAAAGCGUAUCUGGAUUCAGGAGUAGUAUAGCAUUUCGAUUCAAGCAAGAUAGUGAAAAUACUAGAUGAGUAAAAAUAUCUGUCAGCAAGCCAGAAAAAUUUUACGAAAUGAAUCCAGCUUUUAGCGCCAAAAUUUAGUCAAUCAGCUAGCUUAACUUCGAAAACCUUAACUUCUCACAUGUAAGCCAGAUUUGGUUAUUUAUCAUAAUUCUGUCUCAUUAUUUGGAAAAAGGAGCAAAGAGAAAUAGCCACUUUGCAUUGAGUUGCAAAUUUUUCGCAGACAGAAAGAGCAUCGUGCCUUAGAGAAUGUACUGAGUUAAGGGUACAAUUGAAUUAAUUACUGUUAAUGAAUGACAACAAAGUUUAAAACCAUUAAUAAUUGAACAAUGUGCUAAAGUAACUAAAACAACUGUCGUUUAUCCUAGUGAACGUUAUGGAACUAUUCGACGUAUUGCUGAUCAACGUCGUUUUAACAAUGAUUCAUAUUUAGAAAAAUUUGAUCUUACUGUUAACAUUAAUAAAAUGUUAAUGUCACCAGCGAAAAUUUUACAAACACCAGAAAUCAGAUAUAAAUCAUCACGUAGUGAUCAAAAUUAUGUCUUUUUAAAAAAGUACAAAUUGGUUAUGCGAAAAUAUGUUGGUGAUGGCGUUAAUCAUACUAUGCAAUUUUUUGGAAAUGUUAAACUUGGUACACAAUAUGCUGGUCGUAUUAUACAACAAUGUUCAUCAAAAGGAAAAAUUGUACUUGAAAUUAUUAAAGAUCUUCAUUUAUUUGUUGAAAACUUAUUAUGAACAGUGAUUGAUACUGAUGUUGUUUCAUCAAAUAGAUUGAAUUUUUAUCUUCAUUCUCAUGCAGCUAUUCAAGAUAGAUCACGAGCAAUGCUUUAUCAAAUUUUACAUGAUGGAAUUGGUUUUACAUGA